GCAGAUAAAUGACAUUAAUCGAGCGGCAUGGCAGCGUGGCACAGAAGCGGGUUGAAGUUAAUUGCGCUUCUGAUGUUCUAUGGAACAGCUGAUGUUGACGGCAGCAUGCCGGUGGACUUGGCGGCCGACGAGAAAGCAUUGCCACAAACAACAGUACAAUCAUCAACAACAUUGUCUAGUAUUGCUACGACUAAUAUGUCAACAUCGACAUACGCCACUAUCAUACCGCCGAUACCCCCCAGUGAUAGAGAUAGAUUCCUAACCUUCGCGGAGUCCGGACAUCACCAAACUUUUAUGUUUGCUAAAGAUAACACGUAUAUACAAUUAGACGGAGACAUCAUACAAAGAUUUCAAUUAAGGUUAUGCAGAGAAAUUUCGUUUAAGUUCCGAACGAGAUUACCACACGGACUUUUGGUUUAUCACAAUGUUAAGAAUCCAGUUUUCAAAAUGCAACCGUACGCAUUGUACGUCAUUGUGGAGAAAGGAGAAUUGAAAGUUGUCCAUGUGUUUGGCAAACAUCUGACAUCAGUGACAGUUGGACGCGCUCUGAACAGAGACCAGUGGCACAGCGUAGUCGUCACCAUAGACGUCCACGGCGCGAGACUGAUCGCCAAAGUCGACCAGCUUAAAGAAGAAGUCUAUUUAAAAGGUUUGAGUUUCGACACAAAUUACGGCAUCACAGACAACCUGACCUCUGUAAUACUAAUUGGAGGUUUAAGUUCUGAAGAGAAACUUCAUGGAGUAAAAUACAUCAUAGAAUCAUUUGUUGGUUGUAUCAGCGAUAUGGUGUUAAGUUCUGGUAAAGCAGCAUCAGAUUUACUACCUAUUGUGCCACUGAUUGCCACCAAACAUGAAAAUGUUAAUGAAGGAUGUUCAGAUAAAUGUAGAACCGUAGAGAAUCUGUGCUUCGAAGGUUCUAGAUGUAUUAAUGAGUACAAUGGAUACAGAUGUGACUGUUUUGGUACUUUGUACGAAGAACAACUGUGCGAUGUCUUUACGGCGACAGUACUGACGCUGCGAGGCUCCAGUUACGUGUCUUAUCGGGUCUAUGAUUGGAAGGACCGAGUACAUUCCACAAAUACACGAGUCAGUCUGCAUUUUAAGACUCGUUUCGACGAUUCAGCCUUGUUUUACGCCAGCGGUCAAAUAGACGACAAAAAUCACUACAUCGCCCUCUCUAUACAUCAAGAAAAGGUGGCGAUACAAAUAGACUUAGGAGACGGUCCCGUCGAAGAUUAUUUAGGAGAGAAAGUAAACAAUAACAAAUGGCACAAUCUGACAGUUAUAUUACAAGAAAAAUACGCUUUUGUAUACCUUGAUGACGUCACAGAAACAUAUGAAGUGCCAGGAAAUGCCAAAUACGUUUGUAUCGACCCAGAAAUUUACAUAUGCGGAGGACCAGAUUUGCACAAAAUGAAAGGAUUGAAAUCCUUUAAUAACUUCGCUGGUAACUUGAAAUACGUUUAUUACAAUGACGUGUCAAUUUUAUAUGAAUUGAAGCAAAACAAUCCUAAAGUACAUUACAUUGGUGUACUGGAUCCUGAAUUCGAGGAGAUCGAUAUAGAGGUUAUACCAAUAACUUAUCCUUUCGCAACGUCCCAUAUAUGGUGGCCAUUGAAUCAGACCAAUAGUAUCAACUUGAUUUUCGACUUUAAAACAAGUAAGAAUAUGGCUGUGCUCGCUUACAGCCAAAUAACAACUGGACAAGGAUAUUGGGAGGUUAGAAUGGUGAAAGAAGAAAUAAGAUUUGAGUUAGUACCAGAUAUAGGAACCAACGUAACAGUACUGAAGUCUGUUAAAUUUAAUGUUAGUAACGACUGGCAUACUGUUGAACUAGAUUAUAGGAAAGGAAGGAUUAAGCUAAGUGUUGACAGUCAUAAUAAACACGCACAAAUGUUUGGUUUGGAUUUUCAACUUCAAGAUAAAAUAGUGAUUGGGAGUGGAUUAAAAUCGGCGAAUUUGGGCUUGAUUGGAUGCAUGCGGAACAUUAAAAUUAACGGCCUUACUAUAGAACCAAGGUUCGUCAUCAACACGGAGAGAGUUGUGGGCGAGGUGGCGAUAGACGACUGCCGAUACGUAGAUCCCUGCACCAGACCCAAUACUUGCGAACAUGGCGGCAUCUGCUCUAUCAGGGAGGACAGAGUUAUAUGCAACUGUGAUAACACUGGGUAUAUCGGAGAGAAUUGUCACUUCGCAACAUUUCGAAAGACCUGUGAAGAACUAGCACUGCUCGGGUAUACAAGGAAUGAUGUCUAUCUCAUAGACAUUGAUGGCAAUGGAAAGUUCCCUCCAGCUCACGUCAAGUGUGAGUUUCAGAUCGAAGCAGAUUCGUCUACUACUGUAGUGGAACAUAACCUGCCUAGCCAAGUUGAUGUACGAUCGGCGUCAGGUCAAGACUUUAGCUUCAAAAUAAAAUAUAGAGAGUUCACAGCAGAAAUGAUACAAGAGCUCAUUUCUCAUUCCUUGUUCUGUCGUCAGUACAUCAAGUACGAUUGUAACAUGGCGCCUCUAGAACUGCAUAGCGCUACAUGGUUUAUAUCUUCUUCGAACGACACCGUUGACUAUUUGGGUAAUGUUAAAAGAGGUUACUGUCCGUGCGGAGUAAACGCGACCUGCGUGAACCCGACAAAGUCGUGCAACUGUGAUGCCAACGAGAACAAAUGGCACGCGGAUGAAGGCAUCCUCCUGGACCCGAAGAGUCUUGGUAUCACGGAGAUGUUCUUCCUACAACAGAAAGAUUUGACGGAAGAAGCCCAGGGUAGAAUCACCCUGGGACCUUUGGAAUGUGUCGAGACUAAUACUCAACGAUACGUUGUAACAUUUACAACUUCACAAUCCUACAUCGAAGUGCCCGGAUGGAGGAAAGGAGAUAUUGCAUUCAGUUUUAGAACAACAGGCACCAGCGCCAUCUUGUUAUUCCAGCCGCCUAUACGACCAAACUAUCCAUCUUUCAUGGUCGCUUUAACUAGCGAACACGAGUUGACAUUCAAUUUCACACUAAACACCGGGACCACAAGGAAACUUGUCAUCAACUCUAAAAGAAAACUGAACGGCGGAGAAUGGCACAAGAUAUGGAUAGAUUACAACUUCUAUCAUGUCCGAUUUAUGCUGAACACGGAAUACCAAAUGCUGAAUUUACUGCAAGAAGAAGAAUUCGGUCCAUUUGAGGGAUCAAUGUUUAUAGGUGGUGCUACUGCGGAUCAUUUAAAAAAAUCCGCGGUACAUCAAGGGUUAAUAGGCUGUUUCAGAGGUUUGGUCGUGAACGGAGAAGUUCUCGACAUAUACAGUUACAUGUCGGUACAUUUGUCGGAAAUCAUCAAAGACUGUAAGCCAUCGUGCGUCCCCAACCCGUGUCAGAAUAAAGCGACAUGCAAAGAGCUCUGGUCAACUUAUGAAUGCAUAUGCAAAAACCCUUGGGCUCAUCUUGGUGUGCAUUGCGAAGAAAAUAUAAACGAAAAGGCACUAACGUUUCAAACGAAAGAAGCUUAUUUAAAGAAGAAUUAUUUAGUCGACAACGAAACAGAUGCAGAGAAACACAGAUUGAAGAAAAUGAUGACGGAAAAUGUCUUAAUGAAUUUAAGAACGUACGAUGAUAACGCCUUAGUACUCUACGCUAAUGACAAUCUUAAUAAUUUCAUACAUUUGUUCAUUCACAAUGGAACACAAAUUAUUUAUCUAUUCAAUGAUGAAGACGAAAUCAUCGAAUUAAAUGUAACUUAUGAUAGAAUUAAUAAAGGAGAAAGUGUACAGAUCGCUAUCAUCCGAACUGAAAACACGACAACUUUACACGUGAACGAUAAGAACAAUACAAUCGGGAAAGUAGCGAAACUUCUAUCCAACUAUACCAAUAAGCCUUGGAUUAACCCAGAAUUAGAAGUGAUACGGCCACAACGACCACCCGCACCACCAACAGAUUAUUUCCAGAUGAACCUCGGCGGUUACGACCAGUACUCCUUACAUCUCUCGCCGAGAGCAAAUCUCUUACCUCAAGGCGGGUACGUCGGAUGUGUAAGAGGAUUCAAAAUAGCAGAUCACGUUGUUGACUUGUCAAGGAAAGCGUUGCAAAAUAUCGACCAAGAUCUCACGGGAGUUCUGCCAGAAUGUAAUAUGAAAUGCGACUCAGAACCUUGUAAGAAUGGUGGCGUUUGUACUGAAGAUUUUACAAAUCAGGAAAGCAGCUGUGACUGCGAGCUGACGAGCUACUUCGGAGAGUAUUGUAUGGAGGAGAAAGGUGCUGACUUCAAUGGGGAGAGUAUUUUGCAGCGGCGAUUCGUUCUUUUAGGUCCAGUGCUUAAAGUAAAAAUAAAAUUGGCAUUUUCCAGUAAUGAUCUCAGACAGAAGAAUACAGUUCUCUUAUUGGUACAGACUGAAAAUAAACGUAGCUACUAUUUACUUCUGGCAAUAACCCAGGACGGAUAUCUUAAGUUCGAGGAAGAUAGAGAGGAAUAUGCUUAUGGCGCUGAGGUGAAAAAUAGAAACUUUCUAAACGGAGCACGUCAUACCGUGUAUUAUACGAGAGUAGGUCAAGAAGCUAAGCUCUUAAUAGACAGAAUUGAGGUACCGCUCGAGAAACUUCCGCCUCAAGGUCUGUGGGAGGUGUUUGAUGUGGGCUCUAACGAAGUGCAAAUAGGGGGUCUCAACACCACUGACCCCCGACUCAUGAUUUACAAGGGUUAUAACGGCUGUCUAUCCAACAUAUUCGUUGAGCUGAACGACUACGAGAUGAAGCCAUUAGAGGAGUACAUGCUGUUCACACGAUCUGACGCUGAGAAAGUGAACGCGGUGAACGCGCGCGGCGUGCGCAGCGCACAGUGCUCCGCGGACUUCGAUGAUACUUGGCCGGAGCGCGAUCAGCUGGCGACGCAUAAUGGCAGCUUCCUUAUCAGUGUCGAUAAAACGUGGGUGGAGGAUCCUCCUGCGAGAGCACCAUACGACUCUUUACACCAACAACCCGAUGCCGAAGAAGAAAAUACUGAUAAAUUCUUCAUAGCACUAAUAGUCAUAUUCUUGCUUGGACUAUUCUAUUGUGGAUCACAUAUGUGGAGGACCCACAAAGCACAUAGAUUACGCUUAGAAAAAGAAACUGAUGAAAAUAUAAUGCGAAAUAAAGAGAAAGCUAUAAAAUUACAAGAACCUAGCGUCUCAUUUCUACAGCUUAAUAAAGAAGAUGGUGUUCAAGGAAAGGAAGAAUUAAAAUCGAAUGGUGUUACAAUAGAUAUAACUCCGACGGUAAUCGUGGAUACCAGCGAUGAGAAACCAGUAGUCAGAAAGGGUUCUUUAAGAUUUAGAGAAAUUAUAGACAAAGAUGUCACUUUUGAAACAUUAGAAGAAAAAGAUGAAACAUUAGAAAAUGAAGAAGAUGAAAAUACCUCAGAAAAAGACACAGAAGACGAAGAGGAAACUGAAACGAAAACGGAGUCAAGCAACACGUCAGAAAAAAAUAAUAACGGAUUAAGGGUGAUACCUUCGCAAUCACCAUAUAAAAUUGAUGAAGAAAGUUCAAUCGAAGUAAUUACGAGUGCCUAA